AUGGAUUUCCAAAACCAGUAUCAGCAGGCUGGUCAGAUGCCAAAAUAUGAGUGUCUUCUCUUUGAUCUAGAUGAUACCCUUUAUCCCUUGAGUUCUGGAAUGUCUAAACAAUGCACCAAGAAUAUUGAAGAAUACAUGGUUCAAAAACUAGGCAUAGAGGAAACAACAGUCACUCAGCUUAAUCAAGUAUUAUACAAGAAUUAUGGGACAUCAAUGGCUGGUCUAAGGGCCAUUGGUUAUAACUUCGACAAUGAUGACUACCAUAGUUUUGUUCAUGGAAGAUUGCCCUAUGAGGUACUAAGACCUGACCAUGUCCUUAGGACUCUGUUGCUGAGCCUGCCGUAUCGAAAACUCAUUUUCUCAAAUGGGGACAAGUUCCAUGUGGCAAAAACUCUUAGCAAGCUUGGAUUGAAGGACUGUUUUGAAGGAGUUGUAUGUUUUGAGACUCUGAAUCCCAUCAUUGAUAAUGAAGACUCAAAGUCCACAGGCUGCAGAAAGGUUUUUGACCAUUCUUGUUUAUUUGAUGCUGGAUCAGCACUUCCAGUGACUCCAGUUGUUUGCAAACCAUUUGCGAAUGCAUAUGAACAAGCAUUUCAGAAAGCCAAUAUUAACCCUCAAAGAACUCUCUUCUUUGAUGAUAGCAUCCGCAACAUACAGGCUGGAAAGGAUAUGGGUCUUCAUACUGUAUUGGUGGGCACUUCCAACAGAACAAAGGGUGUGGAUUAUGCAAUAGAGAGCAUCCACAAUAUCAGAGAAGCACUGCCAGAGCUUUGGGAAAUCAAUAAUAAGAAAGACAUAAGCAGAAGCUUUUCUGGUAAGCUGGCAAUGGAGACAUCAGUGACUGCCUAA